AGAAUAUUUAGUUAAGCUUAGUUAUGAUAGAAGGACGCCUGAAGUCCUUAAUGCAAAGUUAGAAGAGGCAUUUUUAAUAUAUUCUAACUAUCUAAAAAUUUGUGAACAAGUCCAGGUAGAUAUCGAUAAGAAAAAACUGACUGGUCAAAGCUUAUUGGAUAUUCAGAAUUUUUAUGAACAUAUUAGGAGUUUGUAUAAGCAAAUAGAGGAUUUUUGUCACAAAACCUAUACAAGUUCAAAUCCACCGUCUAAUAAAAAUUUCAAAAUGGGCGAGUUUAACUUGAAAAUAGCGCUUUCAUUAAUACCGUCCAUGACUGACGAUGAAGUUGCAAUUAAUCAAUUAAUAGACUCUAUAGAAUACUACGACUCUACCUUAAAAAGUGACGCGAAACAACAGUUCAUAAACUUUGUCUUGAAAAAUAGACUUACACAAGUAGCUAAAUUAAAGUUAAGUUCGUCAUACACUUCUGUCCAAAAUUUAGUGACAGAUAUGAAAAAACUAUUGUUGCCUAAAAAAUCAGCCACAGCUAUUCAAAAUAAAUUGCAGACCUUGAGACAAGGAGAGUCUUCGAUUGAUGACUUUGGUCAAAAAUUGUCGAAAAUGUUUGUAGAUCUCACGAUCGCGCAAUCAGACGGUGACUCAAAUGCAUUUAAAGUAUUAAAAGGUCUUAAUGAAAAACAAGCGAUUAAAAGAUUCGCGGACGGAUUGCGCAAUCGUCGAGUAAGUACAAUUAUUGCAGCUCGCGAUUACGACUCUUUAAAAGACGCCAUACAGGGUGCCAAGGACGAAGAGACGACUUCAAGCAAUACGUCAAGUGAUGUAUUUUCUUUUAACCAUCGUAAAACAACUUAUUUCAGUAGAGGGUACGUUCGAGGGCGUGGCUCUUAUAGGGGGCAACCACACUACUCUUCAGGCGCAAGGACGCUACACAACCCAGGACAUUCGGCAACAGGAGCAUCAUACAACUACAGGAGCAGAGGAGCUGGCAGAGGAGGCUACCAGUUCCAGAGCAAUCACCGAGGCAGAAACUAUCAAGGAAACCGAGGUAAGUCUAACACUUUUCAUGGAAACAAUGGAUAUCGCAACAACCGUAUUUUUACGGCUGAAACUGAAACUGAUAAAAAUGUGAGCCCAAAUCAGUUUUUUCGUGGAUAAUGAAUCUAUAUUUGCAAGUAAUGAUACAUGUUUAGUUUAUUUCAAUGUGCAAAACAAAAGACAAUUAUGGUUAUGUGACACCGGUGCCUCGAUCUGUGCUUUGAAGUUGGCGAUCGCUUUGAAAUUAGAUAUUCCGAUUUAUAAAGACAAGUUAAUUAUUAACGGAAUAGGUGGAACAAAACAAGCAAUCGGAUAUGCUUACAUUGAAUUAACGGAACGUGACCAUGUAUUUCAACAUAAGUUUUAUAUUUUUGACGACUUCUUUUCAACCACGUGGGACGGAAUAAUAGGUAAAGAUUUUCUUUUAAAAUACCGCGCUUUGAUAGAUUUACGAAAUAUGGAAUUGACCUUAGAAUCAAGUAAGAAUGAGACAGUUUGUAUACCUUUUGAAAAUGAUAGAACUCAUUUAACUCUUCCACCAAGAACCGAAUCAUUACAUUUCGUGACUACAAACUUAGAAGAAGAUUGCGUAGUGUUUUCAUCAGAAUUGCAAGACGGUAUAUUUUUGGCUAGUUCAAUAGUUAGACCUUCCAAUGGAAAAUUACCUAUAAAAAUAUUAAACACGACCGAAAAAGAGAUUAAACUAAGUGAUUUAAAGCUAGUAAUACAUAAAGCGAGUGAUUAUGAUAUUUGUUGUUUUGAUAAAUGCGACUCAAAAAGUGUAGAUCGUGUAAAGGAUUUAUUUACUCAUUUAAAAUUAGAAAACCUUAACAAAGAAGAACAGAUUUCUGUAGAAAACUUAUGUGCCAAAUAUUCCGAUAUUUUUUAUUUACCCGGUGACAAGUUAACAACGACAAAUAUUUACAAUCACUCAAUAACAUUUAAAGAGAACACUAGUCCUAUUUAUACGAAACCGUAUAGGUUACCACACGCUCAGAAAGACUUAAUAAACACUGAGUUAGAAAGUAUGCUAAAACAAGGCAUAAUAGAGAAAUGUUCAAGUGAGUGGUCUAGCCCACUUCUAAUAGUUCCCAAAAAAUUAGAUAAAAGUGGUGAGAAAAAAUGGCGUAUUGUUGUAGACUACCGAAAAUUAAAUAACUGCAUUCAAGAUGAUAAAUUUCCACUUCCCAAUAUUACCGAAAUUAUUGAUUCUUUAUCAGGUUGCGUAUAUUUUACACAUUUAGACUUGGCAAACGGAUAUUAUCAAUGCAAUUUAGACCAAAACAGUCGAAAUUAUACAGCCUUUGCCUCAGGCCAGUGGCGCAUGACUCGCAUGCCCCAAGGUCUCAAGUCAUCUCCAAAUUCUUUUUCUAGAAUGAUGAAUUUAGCAAUGUCUGGUUUAACAUAUGACAAGUGUCUAAUUUAUUUGGACGAUUUAAUCGUUUUCGGAAAGAAUCUAGAUAACCACAAUUCUAAUUUAAUGGAUGUUUUUAAAAGAUUACGGAAAGUCAACCUUAAGUUAAAUCCAAGUAAGUGUGAGUUCUUAAAAAAAGAAAUAUUGUAUUUAGGACACGUAGUGUCAUCUAACGGUGUGUUACCCGAUCCAGAAAAAAUAAGUGCAAUUAAAAACUAUCCAACACCGACUAGUUCAGACCAAGUAAAAAGAUUCGUUGCAUUCGCUAAUUAUUAUCGAAAAUUUAUUCGAAAUUUCGCAGAAAUUGCUUUGCCAUUAAACCACUUAUCACGUAAAAAUGUAACAUUUAAUUGGGAUAAUAACUGUCAAAAAUCUUUUGAAAAACUUAAAGAAGCUAUGACAUCGACACCUGUAUUGCAAUACCCAGAUUUAUCAGAAAAUAACACAUUUAUUGUGCAAACUGAUGCGUCAGCAUACGCACUUGGAGCUACCUUAAGUAAUUUUGAUAAUAGGCCAGUAGCAUUUGCCAGUAGAACAUUAAAUAAAGCCGAAAAGCACUACCCGACCGUAGAUAAAGAACUACUUGGCAUAGUAUGGAGCAUAAAACAUUUUAGACCUUAUUUAUAUGGGCGUAAGUUCAUAAUCAGAACGGAUCAUAAACCAUUAGUUUAUUUAUUUAGCAUGCGCGAUCCCUCAAGUCGAUUACUCAAGUUCAGGCUAGCGCUAGAGGAGUAUGAUUUCAAAGUGGAGUAUGUGAAGGGAUCGGAUAACGCACCGGCCGAUGCAUUGUCACGUAUUUGUAUAAAUAGCGA